UUUAAGGAAAAUUCAAAACCAUGCUUAAUAUUUAUGACGAGACAGCUAAAUGGGGUGAAACAUACUUCUAUGGUGAUGAGACAGAUAAAUACCAGAGAGGUGAGACGUAAAGAGAUUGUGGUAUUAUGA